AUGGUCCCAAGUCAUGGAAAUUCAGCAUUGAAAUUAGUGGAAGGUGAAGAAAUUUUGCCAUCUCCCAUUUCUUCUUCUUCUUCUCCCAACUUUUUCCACUGCCUUCCAGUUGCCUCUGUAGCAGAGGAAAGUCAUCCUGUGAUGUCGCAACCUAUGGUGUUGAAUGUCUCUCCGUCUUUGCUGUUGAAGCUCAUAGCGACUAAUUACCUGCUACGGAAGGCGCAGUUUCUUCCUUUGCUGCGUGAAUCAUCUUCUGGCUCUGAGGUAGCAGAUCCAGCGACUGAUCUUUGGUUUUGGCAGGAUCAACUGAUUCUCAGUUGGCUCAUUUCGUCACUUUCGGAGGAAACUCUCCCUCUUGUGAUCAGUUCCAGAACCUCAGCCGAUGCUUGGCAAUCUUUGGUCUGUGUUUUUACCCCUUCUUCUCGUUCUCGUAUUAUGGAUCUCAAAGAUUGCUUGUUUCGACUGGCAAGGGGUACCUCGUCUAUCUCUAAAUUUCUUCUUGAGGCUUGCUCCCUUGCGGAUGCUCUUGCGGUGGCCAAUAGUCCUAUAUCUGACGAGGAUUUGGUUCUUGCCGUUCUCCAGGGACUCGACGAUGACUACAAAGAUUUUUCCACUUUUGUCCAUGUUCGCACAGAUCCAAUCUCCUUUUUGGAUCUUUUGAGACUUCUUUUAAGCCAAGAAUCUUAUCUCUCCGCUACUGCUACUACUGUGAUUGCCUCCAUUCUCACACGGCCAACACUAUGGUUCGGGGAUCUGAUUAUCUCGUUCUGA